AUGGGCAUCCUGAAUCGAACCAUGGACAACUGGGAACCUCAAUCUUUUGUCCAGCAAAAUGUCGCGGAGCCGACGGACGCCGAUGUCCGGGCGUUUCUAGAGUUCGCCGGACUCAGCGAUGAUGAUAGAGCCCUUGCUACUCGGGCCUUGCGGCAACCGAAUGCCGAUGUCAAUCAACUAGUCAUGGAAUUCUACGAUGACGAGGUAGCAUUUCGUAAGAAGCACUCCUGGGACGAGACCGCUUUCACCGCGAGUAGAGACGGGUCAGAUGCGCCAAUGUCUUUCCACAUCGAGUCAGCGCCGGACCACGGCGGACCUCAGAUCCUGCACGGCGUCGUGCCUGGACAGGACAAUCCGUACUACGGAGCCACGGCUCCUUCGCGACCCCCAACACCCACAAAGAGACGAUCGCCCCUAGGCAGGGCGAUUGAUUUAACGACGGCCGACCUACCCGGUAGUCUCGGCCCUACCGCUGCAGACGACGAAGAUGAGGAUUUCAAGAGGGCUCUGAUGGAGUCAGCGACAGAGGCGGGCCUCGAUGCACCUCCCCAGGUCUCGGGCGUCAUGGGCGACUACGAGAGGCCAUUGUUUGGCCCGGCGACGAGAAAUCAGUACGAAGAGGACCAGUGGGCCCUCGUUCGCCAGGAGAACGCCGCCAGGACCGCCCCUGCGGUGGGCGUCUACCCUUCGCGUAGACGGCGAGACGCAAAUGCGCCGGCCUUCCUGCUCAACGACGGCCACCUGACCAUCGAAUCGGCACGAUUUUGA